AUGAUCCCACCAGUGGCCUCCCUGCUCCGUGUGCGAGGCCUCCCAGAGCAGUUCAGCAGGGGUGCGUUGGGGACGCAGCUGAAGGACUUGCUGAGCGGGGGGCCAAUGAGGUGGCUGCUCAUCAGCAAUUUUAUGAUUGACAUGAGGUGGUUUGUCUCCGCUGCGCCCUCUGUCCUGGAUGCAGACCGCGUGACAGUUGUCCAUGGGGAGAAAAGCAACCCCACCAGCGUGUCGUGGAUGCAGCAGAUUGCAGCGGGCAGGCCAUGGGUCAUCCACCAAGCGCGAUGUCCACUCCAGUACGGCGUGCACCACAGCAAGGCCUUCCUGGUGCAGUUCGACAGGGGCCUGCGAGUGGUCGUGCACACUGCCAAUCUGAUCCAUCAGGACUGCAACUGCAAGACGCAGGGCCUCUGGUACCAGGACUUUCCCAGGAAGGAUGAGCGGUCUCCUCAGGACAAUGCCUCGCGGCUAUUCGAGACCACUCUGAGUGACUACAUUGCAGCGCUGCGGCUGCCUGCCAGGGAGGCGCAGCAUGCGCAGCAGGUCAUAGCGCAGCAUGACUUCUCCUCCGCCCGCGCACACCUCAUCCCCUCUGUACCAGGAUACCAUCAGGGCGCAGCAAAGCAGAAGUACGGCCACAUGCUGGUAAGGAGCCUGCUGGCGCGGCAGCGCUUUGACCCGGUGUUCAGGAGGUCUCCCAUCGUGGCGCAGUUCUCGUCCCUGGGGUCCAUCACAGGUGCAUGGCUGAGCGAGUUCCGGGAGAGCCUGGCUGCAGGCGACUGCUGGGACAGCAAUCCCAGUGGGAGCGCAGGGCGGCUGGGGCCGGCUGCUGACUUCAGGGUGGUCUGGCCGACAGUGGAGGAGGUGAAAAACAGCGUCGAGGGCUGGUUUGCAGGCUGCUCCAUUCCAGGAACACACGCCAAUGUGCUGAAGACUGACAAGGGCUUGAGCACGCCAAUCCUGCAGCCGUUCUGGUGCAGAUUUGAUGGCGCUCCUGCUACAGCUGGCCGCCAGCAUGCCAUGCCACACAUCAAGUCUUACCUGCGACACUCAGGGCAGAGGCUGGCAUAUAUCGUCCUGACAUCUCACAACUUGUCUAAAGCAGCGUGGGGAGUUCUUCAGAAGAACAACACACAGCUUCAUAUUAUGCACUACGAACUGGGUGUGCUGCUGCUGCCCUCCCUGGAGGAGAGCUACCGGAGGCAUCGCCACUUUGGAUUCUCUUGCACAGCGCCUGCCUCCCACAAGCCUGCAGCAGCCGCUCAGCCUUCCAGAGUGGAGUUUUGGGCAGCUGAUGGGGCAGCAGCAGGCAGCAGUGAAGCACUUUCUACAGGAGCAGAGAAGCUGGAGAUCCUACUCCCGUACCAGCUGCCUCCUGUGCGGUACGGACCACAGGACCAGCCGUGGAUGACUGGCGUGGAAUUCCCUGGGCUGGACAGCCAGGGGCUCACCAUCCACCAGUCCUUCGACCGCAACUCGCACUAUGGACAUGUUGAGCCCGAUGACUGA